AUGCUCUCUUUUUUCGCCUGGUAUUGCUACAUUUGUAAUGGAUUUGCGAUAUUUCUCAACAGCAUUUUACUAUUUUUGUCGGCUCACAAAAGUAUAGAGACCAUCAGGGAACUACGGUACUUUCUCUCUAACAUCGCGGUAUCUGGAAUUGUCUUCUCUUCGACUAUCCUCGUUCUUCAACCCCAAAUGGUUACACGUGGAUCUAUGACCAUCCGAGUGAUCCAUGGACCAUCCCAAUAUCUUCCGGAAAAUUCGGUGAAAGCAAUAUUUUGUGUGGCAGUGAUUUCUUAUUUGUAUGCAAUCCUAUCCUUCCCACUGUUUUUCAUCUACAGAUCUAUGAUUCUGGCUAAUAGCAACAUGUUCGGACAAUACUUCACCAAAAAUACUCUUUUUAUAACUUUGCUCAUUGUCUUGGUACUCUGUUGCACUGAAAGCGUGUUUUUGUUUUAUUCAAGCAUCCCAUAUGCAGAUCUGUUGGAUCGAGCCAACCGGACCACUUCGAUAGUUGAAGAGUUUGAAAACUCGACUCAACUAUUAAAUCAACAUCUUCGAAAUUUGGAUAUCAACUCCCAACACUCUGUCACUCUUUCCAACGUAUCCAGUGGAGUGAUUCAGACGCAAGACGAGUUGAAUCAAGGAAAACACCAUCUAUCCCUUUUUGGAGACGAUUACAGCCGAAAUCCUCUAAUCAUAAUCUUCCAUGGAAUCCUUGUCGUGUGUCAUCUACUCUCGUAUUUGAUAUUAUUAAUCUGUGCUCAUUUCAUGUUGAACACACUCAAACGAAAACAGGGAACAAUGUCGCAAGACACGUUUCUUGAGAACGAACUACUCGUCCAUUCGGUGUUCGCCGAAGCCUUUGUUCCCCUGUUGCUUUCGGCGCCAGUUGGAGCCAAUGCAGUGCUUGUAACGGUUUAUGAGAAUAGUCUGAAGUGGCAAGAGUUCCUACCAGCAUAUUGUAUGUCAAUGGUUCCUGUUCUGUCUUCAUUCUUCACUUUGCUAUUCAUUGGACCUUAUAGAAAAGCUAUCCUGUCAUUUAUAACUUUGGAAUUCCUACGAAGAGCCAAAACGAGCACUAAUAAUCGGAACAAUAAUGAUGAUUCCUGA